ACCACCACGAAAGCGCGAUGACCUGGCGCACACGAGCACUGAGCAAUUUCUCCAAAAUCUGAACCCUAGUAAAACCUCCAAUACAGAGAGAGAGAGCGCGCGCAAUGAAUGGCUCCUCCACGAAUCUUCUUCAUGUCUUUAUCAGGUCACCUGAGUAAAUCAAAGCACCGUUGGAUCUCCUCCACGACUCAUCUGGAUGGGUCAUGGAUGGACAAGAUCAAAGGUGUCUUCACCGGUAAGAAGGACAUUUCUCAAGACCCCUCACAAGCCACAACCUCCUUCACCCUUCCUCGGUUUGCGGAUGAGAUGAAGAAUGCGAAAAAAUUAGGGACACUCAAACAAUAUGUAGUGGGCCGAAGCAGCGAAGCCACAUUUGCUGAUGCUUUUGAGAAGCAAGAGGGUAUUCUUAGAUUUCUCGGCAAUUUCGAUCCUACCGGAGAGAACCUACAAAAGAGUCAAAAGCAAGAAGCAGCAAAGCAUUGUAAUUGCACGAUAGCUGAUGUUGAGAAUACAUUGGCGAAGUUUACAUGGGCUAAAGAAGCACAGAAGAAAAUUGAGAAGUUAAAGGAAGAAGGAAAACCAAUGCCAAAGAACAUGGCCGAGGUCCAAAGGCUGAUGGGGUCAACACCAUUGGGUCUUGCCCAGGAGAACCUGGCUAAGAGUGGGCAAAUAAGUAGGAAUGCAUUGUGCCCAUGUGGUUCCAAAAAGAAAUACAAACGGUGCUGCGGUAAGGAUUGAAGAGGCUAGAGGGGGACCAUCACUUGAUAGGGGAGAGUUCUUCACAAGAAAGCAAAAUAAUUUGCAUUGCCAUUCAGUGAACUUUUUUGGUUUUAUUUUUAUUUUGUGGACUUGCUCACUGAGAUCAGAUGGUCUCAAGAUGCUUGUUCAACUAAUCGGCAGAUUUUACUUUGUACACUGUUUUGUUAGUGAAAUUAAGAGGGAACGCAUUAUAAUUAUUAAACGCACGUAAGCGUCCACUGUUAUUUUGGUUCUGAUAUGUAUCUAUUUAUUUAAUUUUUGUGGAA